AUGGGAGUGAAGAAAAAUAAAAGUGUUCAAGAAAAUAGUGAUAGUGGACUCAGUUAUGUGCAUAGUGUUGGAAAGAACCCUUUGGUUUACAGAACAAUUGGACAACAGCUGAAGCUUUCUGCUCAAGCCAAUGCCCAGAGGGAAGCUUUUGUGUUUGUUGAAGAAAAUAAAAGAUUUACAUACGAACAACUCCUGAGUGAAGCUGAUCGUCUGGCAGCAGGAUUCCAAUGCCUGGGAUUGGAUAAAGGUGACCGUGUGGGCAUUUUAAUGCCGAAUGUAUCAGCAUGGCCCAUCACGAUGUUUGCUGCUGCCAGAGCUGGUCUUAUUUCCGUGUCUCUCAAUCCAACCUACACUCCACAAGAGAUUCAGGACUGCUUGAAUAAAGUUUCUGCAAAAGCUCUGGUUGCUUCGGAGAAAUUCGGCUCCAAGAUUUAUUAUGACCAACUCCUGGAAAUUCUUCCUGAAUUAAGUUCAUGCAAUUCAAAGAAGGUUCAAAGCAAAAGAUUACCUUUUCUUUCAACCAUAAUCAUUGAUUCAGAGAAAGACUAUCCAGGAACUGUUCGUCUUAGGGACGUUAUGUCUUUGGCAACAAUUCAUCAAAUAAAUAAGAUAGAAAGUGAACAGGGAGACAUUAGCCCCGAUAGUGGAUGUAACAUUCAGAUGACUUCAGGAUUUACUGGACCACCAAAAGCUGUUCUACUAAGCCACAAUUGCUUAGUUAAUAAUUGUCACAAUGUAACUAUGGGUAUAAGCGAAUGUGCUUUUAUUUUUGCAUCUCUGCCCGAUGAUGAAGAUGAGAAAAUCAUAGACACUGUUGGAUAUGUCUUUAGUCAUUUAGAAGCAAAAGUAAUUGACAAUGAGGGAAAGAUAAUUCCAUUUAGUACACCAGGAGAGCUCUGUAUUAGAGGAUAUUCCACAAUGAUGGGCUAUUGGGGUGAUGAAGAGCAAACAAGAAACAUUCUUGGAUCUGAUGGAUGGCUAAAAACAGGCGAUUACUUCAUUCUCGAACCAAAUGGCUACGGCAAGAUUAUUGGAAGGAUCAGCGACAUCAUCACAAAAGGAUCAGAAAAAAUUUUCCCUAAAGAAAUUGAAAGUCUUCUGGGAACGUUUCCGGCUAUUGAAGAAGCUUACGUUGUAGGAGUUCCAGAUGAGCACUGGGGUGAAGAGCUUAAUGGCAUUUGUGAGAAAUUACUGAGGAUUUCCUCGGAAAAUCCCACUGUUUGUAUUUCUCUAAAUCCAAUGGAAUGUCGUGAAUCAUAA